GGGAUAUGGCUUAGGAAGACGCGCGCGCACGACGCGAUUAUUUACGUUCGCAUGUGGAUCUGUUUUUACUAGAUUUUAAUUGCUUUCUCUCGUUUCGAUUUUCCAUGCAGGUUCGCAUCACGAUGGUUCAGGAAAUGCCGAGUGGUGUUCCGGAGGAGCUCUAUAAUCUCACUCAGCUGGCAGAGGUGUCAAUCGCAGCUGGCAAGCUGAAUACCACGACGCUUGUACCAGGCGAUCAGCCGCACCAAUAUCACCACCAUCAUCCCUAUCCGGUUCAGUUCGGUGCCAUUAAGUACUAUUCACUGCAGCAGCAACAACAUCAGCAUGAGUCAGCGGCUUAUCACCCGUCGGUGGAAUACUAUCAUCACGCAGUUUCUUAUCACAGUCAGCUGCGAGCAGAUAGUGACGGGCGGAAUGUUAAUCUAGAUAGUCCAACGUUGUCGCCACCGUCUCCGGUUCACCAGCCGCAGUCAUACUCAGCUACCAAGAAAAAGUGGAAGACAAACUGGGAGAUCAACCGAAGUUUGAAAUUGCAACAGCAACAACGGAUCAACAAGAUAAGAGAUGCAAAUGAAAGACCAGAUUACGAUGAUUCGUACGAAACGGGUAGUCGCACUUAUUACACCUCGACGAUAAGGGCGAUUGAAGGUGUGGGUGUUGGUGUUGGAUCGAGUCCUUCUAGACCUGGCAGCAGUAGCAGUAGUAACAGCAGUUGUAGUCAUGCUCUGACCGAGGAACAACAGUUGGCGAGAAGAAACUCGUGCGCUUCCGACGAAUCGGAAGACUCCAGUUAUUCUUACUCGCACAAAGUGUUUGAUAGGAAGAAGUCACGAACUCUUUCGUGGAAUAGCGGCAGCAGUUAUAGUCACGGAGAAGAGAUACAACGUUUGAAGAGUGAACGAAAUCUGUGCAGGGAAGAAUGUCCUGUAGAAUGCAGAACAGACGAGCGGGAGUAUCUGACGGAAUUGACUGAAACCAGUGGACGCAGUGGAAGUAGUGGCGAUGAAAUAGGCUCCUCGGAUGAUGUGCACAGUUGUCCGGAAUGUGGUAAAAAAUAUUCAACGUCCUCCAAUCUGGCAAGGCAUCGACAAACGCAUCGAUCGCUACAGGAUAAAAAAGCCCGCCGCUGUCCACAUUGCUCCAAGGUGUACGUUUCAAUGCCAGCCUACUCCAUGCAUGUCCGCACGCACAAUCAAGGAUGUCAGUGCCCUACGUGUGGAAAGUGUUUUUCUCGUCCUUGGCUUCUACAAGGUCACAUCCGUACUCACACAGGUGAGAAACCGUUCAAAUGUAGCGUAUGUCAGAAGGCUUUCGCCGACAAGUCAAAUCUCCGGGCGCACGUCCAAACUCAUUCGAAUACUAAGCCGCACUGCUGUUCCCGUUGCGGCAAGGCAUUCGCCCUCAAGUCCUACCUCUACAAGCACGAGGAUUCGUCCUGUAUGAAAAGCAAAACCGGCAAGCAUCCAAAGCAAGGCCAUACAAAAAUUCGAAGGAAAGUCGAAAAGGAUCGAUCUUCAUUGAGUAGCAUGGAGAGUCGUCCCUACUCGAUAGGGUUUGUUCAAAGCCAGCAGCCGCCAGCAAGCAGCCCGCUGGAUUUGGCACUACAAACGGAAUUGCAACUGAAAAAGGACGCUGUUAGAGCGAAAAUUCGGGAGGUUUUAGAGGAUAACUGUAAAAAAUCGGCGCAGCAGAAGGCAGCCAACGAUAACCGGAUCAGUGUGAUUCGAACGACAGCCAGUUCCCACGAUGUGUACUAUAGUCGCUCAGAGGAACGUCAACGUCAUUUCGAAGGGGCUCAAUCAGGAUUCGGAAGUGAAGGAAGCAGUAACAGUUACGAGUACCCGAGGAAUUAUGCCGUCAUGGCGUAGUCAACUUUGAUCCUCAAUCACCUUGUUCAUUGUUGUUUAAUUGGAAUUUAAAGUUUGAACUGAAAAAUUGGAAGCAAAUCAGUCACCCACAUUUUGUAGAUCUAUAAGAUUUCCCCCCGCGUCCACAAGUAUUGAACUUGUUUUUGUGUUUUUUGUAGGAAUACUCGAAACAAACUGUGAAUUCUCUCGUGCCUUUUUAGCAAUAAUUUGUAUCAAUCGUGUAAAGUGUACAUACUCAUCAUCAAACGUAGUAUUGAAAGUUAGUAUUAGGUGUACAUUUGUCUACCUGUGUGAAUGCUAUCUCCGAACAAAAAUUACGAGAAACUACAGCUAGCUGUACCAAAAAACAACAAUUUCGCAAAGAAAGUUUUGUCGAGCGAAAAGCAUUUAGAAACGAUUGCCAAUUUUUCUGUACAUUUUUUGACAGUUUCGGUGCUUUUUGUAGCAAUCAAUUUACGCACUUGUAAAGUGGAUAUCUUAUAGUUACUUUAUUUUACAUUACUCAUUUACUUUUAUGUUAACGAAGGACGAGAACGUUCUAGUCUUUUUAAUAUUAUCUUUAGUUUAUAAUUUUCAUUAUAAGCUGUCUAAUUUUGUUUCAAUUUGUAAUUUUUGUGCCUUGAAAAAACAACCAAUGAGUUAUUCUAAUCAUUUGUACGCAUUUUCGUAGCAAUUUAAGUUUGAUUUUACGUAUUUUUAAUGUGUACUCCUCGACGAGAGAUUCUCAAGCUGAAAAAAUGGUGCCAUAAAUGUAGUAGUAGUUAGGCUAGUAGCAAUAGUGAUGCAGGAUAAGUAUUUUUUUUCUUUUUUCGCCAGUCGAAGGAACGGCCGGACCUUGUGCAAUAACGAGCAGUGCAGCGGAAGAUUCCGCCGAAGUAGUGAUAAGAAUUUUUGUAUGUAUUAUGACCACUAAAUGUAGUUUGAAAAGUUUUAGACUAGAUUACAACUUGACAAGACUUAUUAAAAUAAAGAUUUUAUUCACAGAAAGAACUGCAAUCCUGGUUUGGGACGGCAAUAAAGAAGCAGUACGCCAAGCAGAUAAGUUAUAAACGUUUGUUUCCUUGUAGUAGAUAUCUUGACAUUAGAAAAACGCUCUUAUUUUACAAUAUGUUUUUAUUGUCACAUUUUUGGAAACUCAAAAAACAUAAAAUAAAUUUACAUCACAGUUUAUAAAGUGCGUGUCAAAUGAAAUGUUCAAGUGCAGGGGAUGUCCGAUUGCAAUUUGAUUGAUCGAUGAUAUGAUAAUUUUUAAUCGAUCGCCUGGAAUAGUGCCACAAUUAAAACGGCUGUUUUCUUAAAUUAAAUUAAACUUAACAUGGCUCAAUGCGCUAAAUCAACGGAGCUGAAGGUCUUUUACAUUUUUACGUGAUGUAAAA